CUCUGGGUGUGGUGCGGCGAUGGCUGACACACUGCAGUCCAGGAGCUGCACCCAGCACGUCAGCUGCCCCCUCUGCCGGGGCCUGUUCGCCGACCCAGUCGCCCUGGAGUGCGGGCACAACUUCUGCUGCUCCUGCAUCACUGGGCUGUGGGAGCGGGAGGCCAGGAACUCCUGCCCGGAGUGCGGACGGGAAUUCCCCCAGAGGAAGCUGACGGUGAACCGGCGCUUGGCCAACCUGGCGGAGAGGGCGAGGAAGGUGAGGCUGGAGGCCGGUGCCAGGGGCGCCAAGCCGUGGUGCGCGGAGCACCAGGAAGCGGUGAAGCUCUUCUGCGAGACCGACCUGACGCUGAUCUGCUACACCUGCAGGGAGUCCCGCGCCCACAAGUCGCACAGUUUCUCCCCCCUCAAUGAGGCAGUGGAAACAUUCAAGGAGCAGCUGGGUCCUUCUCUUCAGUCUCUCACCGAGAAGAGGCAGCUGUUUGCAGAGACAGAACUGAAGCAGAUCCGUCACAUCUCCGAAGUGAAGGCACAGGCGACCUGUCUGCAGACCCACAUCAUAUCCCAGUUCGCCGAAAUGCACCGGCUUCUCACUGAGAAAGAGCAGCGCUUACUGAGAGAGCUGAGGAGGGAAGAGGAGAGGCUUCUGGACACGAUGGGGAGAAACCUCCGAGAGAUUCAGGAGAAUUUAAAUUCAAUCCAGAAGGAGAUUGUGGAGAUACAGCAGCAGCUGGAGCAGCAGGACGAGGUGGCUUUCCUCAAGGUGGAAACAGCUCGGAAGAGAAGGUCGAAGGAGGAGUGUUCCCAGCUGCGAUUGGUGUCUGAUCAACUCUGUCUGGGACAGUUCAAUAGCCCGUUACAGUAUACAGUGUGGAGGGAAAUGCUGGAUAGUAUCCACCCUGCCCCUGCCUCGCUAACUCUGGACCUAGACACGGCUAACCCUUGGCUCCUGGUUUCCGAGGACCGCACCAGUGUGAGGCUGGGGGAUAAAGAGCAGAAGGUGCCGGAUACCCCACAGAGGUUUGACCGGGGAGCGUUUGUGCUUGGCUCCGUGGGGUUCACGUCCGGCAGGCACUACUGGCAGGUGGAGGUGGCUAACAAGAGGUGGUGGGGAGUGGGGCUGGCCUCAGAGUCUGCGCCCAGGAAGGGCGAGAUUGACCCCACGCCCGAGAGUGGCUUCUGGACCGUCUGGCUGUUCCCCCGGCAGGGCUGGGUGGCCCGCACCGCCCCGUCGCUGACCCCCCUCGGCCUGGACGCCGGCCCCAGGAAGGUGGGAGUCCUCCUGGACUAUGGGGCCGGGCAGGUCUCGUUCUACAAUGCGGACAACAUGUCCCAUGUCUACACCUACACCCACCCCUUCACCGGGAGGCUGUACCCCUUCUUCUGCCCCGGACCCAACGACGACGGGUCCAACUCGGCUCCCCUGAGCAUCUGCGGUGCCAGAGGUCAAUAGAUCCCACCGUCCCAACCGUUUCUGCCUCUCUGGAUCCCACAGGUCCGUCCUUUCGGGGUUCCCAGGAGGGGAGGUUGGGGGGAGGGGGGGUAGGAGAAUGGGGGGUGCAAAAGAGACACAUAGCGAUUCCUCCAGCGAGGGGGAGGUGGGGUGGUGUCAAUGCUGAAAAGACCACCUCCAGGAUGGGGGUUGUCUGGAGCUCUGUGGCGUUCGGGGCGUUCCAUUGCAGAGAGCUGGGCAAGUUCACCAGCCCUCCUUGAGCGAGGACGUUUCUUCAUUUCACUGCCAAAUGGUUUACCCUGUACUCUGAGACCGCCCCCCCCCCCCCCCCCCUUUGCUCUAGACCCCAGCCCCUGCCCCCUUCCCUCCAGUGAAGGUAACCAUCCCAGUCUCGUUGGAAUUGUAUGUGCGUUUUACAGAAAUCCUUUCUCGACCAGGCCCGACCACUGUCAGGCCGUGGGACUGGGUGGUGUGGAAAUGUCCCCAGUUGGACUCCAAUUGGAAAGUUGGUGGGGGGGGUGCGGAGAGGAGUGGUGGGGUGGGGGGGGUGGUCGAAGAGAGAGUGAGAAACGAGGUGGGAAGGCGGGUGGUCGGGAACACCAAUGGAAGUAGUUUAUGACAGGAACGUGAAGAGGUGCUGGAGGUCAGAACAGGAGAGGGGUUCCCAGUACGUGUAGAGAAAAGACGAGGCAGGGACAGUUGCUGGACCCGAAAGUCUAGCUAAUGCGCAGGGGUUUUCAAUCCCAGCCCUGCAACGUUGCUGUAGAGAGAGAUACCUUCUGUAGACUGGCAGGUGGAGGCGUGGGGUUGGGGGUGGUGGGGUAUAGAAGGUUAUGGGGCAAGGAGAGAAAAUAGCCAUCCCUCUUAGUCAAAGGGUCAAUAACCGGGGGCUUCGUUUUAGGGAGAUGGGCAGGGGGCAUUUCAGGAUUACAGAUUUCACCCAGAGGUGUUUCUGAAAUGCAGGGUAGCUGAGACUGGAAUCUUUGCAUCCUUUAAGGAACGAUUGAACUCUAGGGAGAGGCUGAACAGGCUGGGGCUGUUUUCCCUGGAGUGUCGGAGGCUGAGGGGUGACCUGAUAGAGGUUUCUAAAAUCAUGAGGGGCAUGGAUAGGGUAAAUAGUCAAAGUCUUUUCCCUGGGGUGAGGGAGUCCAGAAAUAGAGGAGGGGCAAGAUAUAAAAGAGACCUAAGGGGCAACUUUUUCACACAGAGGGUGGUACUCUGGAAUGAGCUGCCAGAGGAAGUGGUGGAGGCUGGUACAAUUGCAACAUUUAAGAGGCAUCUGGAUGGGUAUAUGAAUAGGAAGGGUUUGGAGGGAUAUGGGCCGGGUGCUGGCAGCUGGGACUAGAGUGGGUCGGGAUAUCUGCUCGGCAUGGAUGGGUUGGUCCGAAGGGUCUGUUUCUGUGCUGUACGCCUCUAUUACUCUAUGAGCACUUGCAAUGCCAACGCAUUCAAGGCUCUGGGCCAAGCGCGGGGGAAGCAGGACCGAUGCAGAUUUAGUGUAUGGAAAUUGGGGGGAAGAAGGUCUCAACAGGCAGCAUCAGUGCAGAGAAGUGAGCUCUCUGCACAGAUGCUGCAGACCUGCUGAGCUUUUCCAGCAAUUUCCGUCUUCGUCUCUGACUUCCAGCAUCCGCGGUCCUUUUCGGUUGAUUUAAGGGCGGGUUUAUCUCGAUGGACUGAAGGGCCUCGUCUGUACUGUGCAGUGGAUUUUAAAUUGGAACCGUCCCGUCUGGAACCUAAAGCCGCUCACUCGGCCUAAUAGCAAUGGGCAGGCUCGUGUCCACUGUAGUAAAAGGCUAUCUGGCUCACUCAUGUCCCUUUGAGGAAGGAGAUCUGCCGUCCUUCCUUGGUCUGCCUGACACUUGACACCAGAGCCACAGCGAUGUGGUUGACUCCGAAAUGGCCGAGGGAGUCAUUCGGUUCAACGUUAAAGAGAAACGAGUGUGAAUAGGUGCCAACCUUGGUCUGUGGAUGAAGUCUCCAGUAGCUGGUGAAAAGCCGCAGGGUGACUGGAGGGAGGCAGUGGGCAACUUGAGCCUGAGGUGUUAGAGAAUUUGUGGGCGGCACGGUGGCACAGCGGUUAGCACCGCUGCCUCACAGCGCCAGAGACCCGGGUUCAAUUCCCGCCUCAGGCGACUGACUGUGUGGAGUUUGCACGUUCUCCCCGUGUCUGUGUGGGUUUCCUCUGGGUGCUCCGGUUUCCUCCCACAGUCCAAGGAUGUGCGGGUCAGGUGAAUUGGCCAUGCUAAAUUGCCCGUAGUGUUAGGUAAGGGGUAAAUGUAGGGGUAUGGGUGGGUUGCGCUUCGGCGGGUUGGUGCAGACUUGUUGGGCCGAAGGGCCUGUUUCCACACUAAAUGAUCUAAUCCAAUCUAGAAUAGCGGUGGGACAGACAGAAUGACUGAACAGUAAAGCCCAGAUGCAGGACAAUGGCCCCUGUGUGCAUUUAAAUACCGUAGAGCUUAGUUAAAAGGCUUGAAAUGAUGACGAACAGGAGUGAGGAGGAAGAGGAAACAUAUUGCUGAGGGGUUAGGAACCAGUGGCAAUGAUUAAUGUAAUCAAAGAUCAAUGAUUAAUGUAAUUUAGAGUUACACCAGGGAGCGGGGCAGAUUCCUUCACACUUUCCUGAUACAGGGCUACAAUCCAAAUAAAGUUUGGAGAAAGUGGGAUGAGGAGAAAGGAUUUAGAGGCAUUUAGGAACCAGGUUAUAAAAUAUAAAUAGAAAUAUAAAUUCUGGACUGCAUAGUUUGUAUUGACUGCUCUGUAUCGAUGUUGUAUUUUUAACGUCUUUGUAUGUAUUCAGACUCUCUACACUUGAGAAUAUACCACACUGAAGGUGUGAACCCAUUAAAAAAAACAGAAACA